UUCAAUAUUCUCUCUCUAAAACAGAGAGAAAACACGAUACAACAUCUCAACAUUCUCUUUCGGUUCUCUCAAACACCUCCUUCGUCAUUUUCGUCUUCUUGUGUUAUCAUCACCAUCUCCGUUGCUAUCUUCGAAUUUAGAUUUUCAAGAUUUAAUGGCUCCAAGGAAAAGAAGAGCAACAAUUUCUAUUAUUUCUAAAAAUACAAGAAGGCGAAUUAGUAAAUAGAGACAAGUAGAAGAAGAAAAAGAAGAAAGCAUAAGAUUGGAGCUGUCUAUAGGAGAAGAUGGAAGUACAAGGUUGGAGAAGUCUAUAGAAGAAGAAGGAAGCACAUGGCUGGAGAAGUCUACGGAAGAAAAAACGAAGAAACAGGUGAAACAGAUGCUUUUUCCACUAAUGCAGAUGCCUCAAAUGAUAAAUCCAAAAGUAAUAAAAAUGUAGAAGGUGAAAAUAGAGGAUUCAGGGAUGAACAGAGAACGAAACACCGGCAUGAUACACCUAUCUUGGAGAAGGAGACAUAUCAUACUGUCGAGUCCUCUCCGGCCAGUCCUUCACCUGAUACCUCACUUGUCAAGCCUAUUAGGUAUUCGUAUUACAGCUUUGAGACACUGAUUGAAAGGUAUCCAAGUUUGAUGGGCUCUGUUAAUGUUAAGUCUAGAUUGGGUGAUUCUUUUUUUGAGUUUAGAAAGAUUUUAGAAGUUAAAAAUUUAACGAAGUUCUUUAAAUCUUCGAUUUUUGGGAAGUACUUAAACUUACCUAACAAUAUCAAUAUAAGAUUUCAAAUGAAUUUAGUUUACCAAAUUCUUCAACAUAAAAUUAUAAGUCACAGAAAAGAGGAAGUUUGGAUAAACUAUUGUGGCAUGCCGGUUUGUUUUGGCAUAAGGGAGUUUGCGAUCAUCACUGGCUUGAAUUAUCAUUUACCAGUUGUGUAUGGUGAAGAAAAAAUGUCAACUUAGACGUUGAGAAGGAGACAACAAAUUAUUGAUUUGGUGGAAAAAACUUGCAAAGAUAAGGAGUUGAUUGAACACAUCAAAUCUGAGGAUGUUCGUAAAAGUGUAAAGAAGUCAUUGUGCUUGCUCUAUUUUGUGCAUAAUUUUCUUUGUGCAAAAGAUUUGAACACGAAACUUCCGUCUGAAUGGGUUUUUCUCUCAGCUGGUAGAGAUGCAUUUUCUACCUAUCUAUGGGGGCGUGUAAGUUAUGAUCUUACAAUUGAGUACCUAUUGAAGGCGAUCAAUCUAAAUGUGAAGACCUCCAAUCUUUAUGGCUUUCCAUGGGCUUUUAUAGUAAAUUUUAUUUUAUUUCAUGUUUCUUUUUUUAAUUA